CCUAUUCCUUUCUCUCUUUCAACUUUCCUACCAGAACGAAAAAACAAAUUAGAGGUGCAGAGAGCUUCCUAAGAUAUACCUUCCGUCAAAUACAGUUAAAAUCACAUGGAACAGUUUGCCUGAUGCUCAAGAAACUAACACGCGUGACUGUACAUGUGUGCAUGUGAUAUAGUCAAAACCUUGUACAGCAAACGUAUACAGUAUUACUGCGGCGCAGUGAGUUGGGCAACUGAACGUCGAUAGGUUGUCUCACAGGGAGAAUGUUACCCUUCAAAAAAAUACCAUUGAAUAUCAACGUCAGUCUCAAAUGGCUCUUAUUGAUUGGUACUCUUUCUUAUUUGAUUUAUUUGGUCGAUUUGGUCCAUCAGUCAUCUUUCCUCAAUGAGCAGAAAGGGUGUAGAUUGGAUACUAACGACAGCACUGAUGUCACCAUCAGCAUCAAUCGAAAAUUGUUCGAUUACCUAGCUUUUCAUUUGCGUGACAAAGAGUACGACGGCAUCGAGAAUUACAUCCGGUUCAUGACGGCCAACUUGGGUUUGAAAAGUUUGCCCAUCAGCAGUGCUGGGAAUCGAAUGUUGCCCGGGAUGGAGGGACCGGUUGUCAAUGACAUUAGCUGGUUCCGCUAUCCCAUCGACAUAGGCCCUUGUGCCGCCGCCGGCCUUGACGGCAGCAUCAACAGCAAAAAUGCUAGUCGUCAUCGGCGCAGUCUCUUUGUCAGCGUCAUUUCGGGUCCCAACAAUUUCGACAGACGGGCCGCCAUUCGCCAAACGUGGCCCAUUCAUUUGAGAAAUCAAACGAAUUUGAAUCAUCCGCUGGACGUGGUGGGUUUCGGCUUCCUCGUCGGCUUAACAAACGACAGCGUCGUCCAGCAAAAAGUCAAGGAGGAAAGCGAACAAUUCGGCGACAUUUUACAGGUCAACAUGAUCGACAGGUACGUGGACUUGUCGGUCAAAGUGGCCAGUCUCUUCAACUGGGUCGACACCUAUUGCCCUCGAGUCGAUUUCGUCCUGAAAGUGGACGACGACGUCUACGUCAACGUCCACAAUUUGGCGACGGUCCUUCACUCGUUGACGGUGACCGAUCAAAGUAUCUACGGCCGCCAAUGCGGAGGACUUAUUCCGGACCGGAAGGGAGGUAAAUGGAUGACGAGUUACGAGAAUUGGCCGUGGCACAAGUUCCCCAUUUACUUCCAAGGGGCCGGAGUGGUGAUUGCCGGCAGCGCCGUCCGUCCCAUCCUGUCGGCCAUGCAAGUCACUCCCUAUUUCAUAUGGGAUGACAUGUACCUCGUGGGAUUGUGUGCCGUCAAGGCCAAAGUUCAACUCCGCACGUCCAACCAAAUUUUUGUCGAUAUGCCGGCCAGCUACGCCGACGCGUGUUUCGUGCGCAAUUCGGUCUUGUGGACAACGGGAUCCUCCGACGCAAUGAACUCGUCCCAUUUCGUGAGCCACCACUUUUACCAUCAAAGUCAGACCAAAGCUCAUUGCAUUGACAAGGACAAUAAGACCAACGACGAGCCGGCCGAUCGAUCUGACUUUCUUUUCGGCACCAGCCAGCAAAACUAAACUGCGAGUCGCUUCGAUGGUCAAAAGACAUUCUGGAUUUUGGAAAUCAAUUCAAACUUGAUUUCGUUUGUUGCAAGCGUACGAAACGAAAGAAUUAAAAGCACGCAUAUCAGAACUGAAAAUGCAAAUUGUCGGUCCCAAAA